AUGUACAGAGUGAGUGAGCUAAAGAGAGGGCAUGGUCAACCACGUCCUGACACGCGGCUUCUUCGUUGUCUCCACCUUAGCUUCUGUUCUUUCUCUCUGUCAAAACCUCAGUUUUCUGCCAAUUGUCAUGAAUUUUUGCCGUGGUUGGAGCGGAAAGCCGAUUCUGCAGUUUCUUCCUCACUUUUCAUCGGGAAAUCUUCUUAUGGAAGGUCUCUGUUUGCUUCCAAGACAAUACAAACUGGAGAUUGCAUUUUAAAGGUUCCUUACAUAGUGCAAAUAACUGCUGAUAAUCUCCCUCCUGAAAUCAAAUCUUUGAUAGGGGAGGAAGUGAGAAAUAUUGCGAAACUUGCUAUUGCUAUUCUCAUUGAGAAGAAAAUGGAUUUCUUAAACCAUGAUGGACUUUCAGAAGCAAUUGUAAUGAGUAAUGGCGACCAAAAAUGCUCAGAAGUAUGCCGAUAUUUUGAACCCACGCUCUAGUUUCUCAGCUGGAUUUACAAGCCUUUUCCAUGGAAGUUUCCCAUAUUGUUUCCACGCCAUGACAAGGCCAGCACGUUCUCUGGGAACUGCUACAGAGAGGCCACCUUUGGCCUUCAAAGUAGUAUUUCCACCAUACAUAUCCUGAAAAAUGGAUAAACAAAAUACAUCUUAGUAGUUGUUUUUAAUUGCUUAAGCAUUGCAUAAUCAUCCACACUGAAUUCUAGCCAUGUUUGAAUGCUUAAAAUCAGUCUCAAGAAUUAACCCUCAAUGUGAAAAGAUACAUUUGUACAACUUGCAUCUCUCAAAAUCAUGACAAGGUUAUUUAUUAUGAGAUGAAAGGAAUUGAAAUAAACAAAAAGAAAAAUUGAGGCACUUCCGGUUUUCUCUCUUUUUCUUUGUCCUGAGUCUCAAUCGUGCAAAAAUUCAUGAAUUAAAAGUAUAAUAACGGGAAUGGUUGUAGGUAGAUGAUACCUUGAAGCAAGAGAAGGAGCAGUUUCUCUCAUAUCAAAGGCCUUGGACACCCCAUUAGCCUGCCUGAGAAGCAUAAAGGCUCCACCGCCAAGGCCUAGAGGCAGGAUUGACAUCCCCCAAACUAAGAUUGCAUAGAUGAAACAGAGAUAUCACAAUGUCAAUGAAUUAUCUCAAAAGCCUGCAGGAAGACCACCCUUUCUUGGAUCACUCGCUGCCACAAGCCUUUUAUUUCCAUUCACUUUGGUUUUUCUUGAUGACACAAAAUCGUCUAAAACAAUGAGUUGACAAAUGGAAAAAUAUCUGAGCAACAGUAGUAAAAACAUAAACAGAAUUCUUUUUACUUGAACUGAGCCAGGGGAACACAGAUUGCGGGGAGAAAAAUAUAGAUGUGGUUGUUAUUCCGGUACAAUUUUUAAACUUUUGAUAAGUCAUAACAUUUUUCCUUGGUUUUAA